ACAGAUUUUUCAUUUGAGCCCGACUCCCGAGGGGAAACCGGUAUCGUCGACACCUACGCGUGAUCAGUGGAGCAAUCGGAUUCGGCUCAGACACGCACAAAGCUUCAUUCCCUAAAAGUUGGAACAAUUUAAUUGCUUUCAUAAAUACAAGAAUCCGCUAGUCUUGAAACCCCGACCCUGUAUGCUGUUUCAGUCUCGGCUCAUAGGCAGUCCUCAGUUGGGAAUACUCCGAGAAAGUCACACUUCCGCUUGAGAAAUCUAGCAAUGGCACCUCCGAUCCUUUCUUUGGCUCUGCCCUCCGAGACCGGUCGAGUUCUCAGUAUUCAAUCUCACACUGUUCAGGGAUAUGUUGGAAAUAAAUCAGCUGUCUUCCCUCUCCAAUUAUUGGGCUAUGAUGUGGAUCCAAUUAAUUCGGUGCAAUUCUCAAAUCACACAGGAUACCCAACUUUUAAGGGCCAAGUUUUGAAUGGACAACAGCUAUGUGAUUUGAUAGAAGGCCUUGAAGCGAAUAAUUUAUUAUACUAUACUCAUUUAUUAACAGGUUAUAUUGGUUCAGUUUCUUUUUUGACAACUGUAUUGGAAGUUGUCAGUAAGCUUCGUUCUAUAAACCCGAAAUUGACAUAUGUCUGUGAUCCAGUGAUGGGUGAUGAUGGAAAGCUCUAUGUCCCUUCAGAACUAGUAUCAGUAUAUCGUGAAAAGGUUGUUCCAGUGGCUUCAAUGUUAACUCCCAAUCAGUUUGAGGCUGAACAGUUGACUGGUUUCAGGAUUGGCUCUGAAAGAGAUGGCCGGGAAGCUUGUAACAUUCUUCAUGCUGCACGACCAUCGAAGGUUGUGAUUACAAGCAUAAAUAUAGAAGACAAUCUUCUCCUUAUUGGCAGUCAUCAGAAGGAAAAGGAUCAAUCUCCUGAGCAAUUUAAGAUCGUCAUUCCCAAAAUUCCUGCAUAUUUCACGGGAACGGGAGAUCUUACAACUGCUCUUCUACUUGGUUGGAGCAAUAAAUAUCCUGACAACCUUGACAAGGCAGCAGAGCUUGCGGUAUCAAGCUUGCAGUUGCAUUAUCAUUCAGGAAAAAGGAUCUAGAAUUGAUUUGAAAGAGGAUGAUAGUUAUGGGCUAAUGGUAAGAAGUCCUGAUGGAUUUGAUAGCUUCAAGUUUUCUGAUUGUGCUCCUUUGGGAUGUAUUCAAGUCCAGAUGCUUUCAUGAAGCUUGAUUUCCUUUUUAUGGUCCAUGGAGAGAAUGGAGGCAAUAAGGAAGAGCUAGGGAAGGGAGAGGACUUCUCUUUGGUAUUUAUUUUCUCUUGGCUAUAUAGUUUUUUAAUUGGGACGAUUGUGGCCAUGUUUUAAUAUUUCCUCUCUGGUGGUUACAAUCAUAAUUUCCAAAUAAAAUCCACAUGUCAUGCAAAUAAACUCAUGCAAGAGAUUUGGUCUUUUAGGCCUCGUUUGGUUAUGCAGUUCA